AUAAAUUUCAAAUGACGUAUAACUACCCACUGAUCCAAAUAUGAAAGAUGAUGAAAUCUUGAGCUAAAGCCAACUGAACCCACCAGGACACGCGUCCACAAAACUCACCCCAUCAGAUAAAACCCCCCAAAGAAAAAGAAAAAAGGACGGAAAUAAUGAAAUAUAGAGAGCAAAGAAAGUGGAUAAUAGCCACCAAUCACUUUGCCAUUUUUUUUGGAGGAGAUGGCGGUUUCUUCACUCUCAGCGGCCACACCCUUGGCUGUGCAGGUGCGGCCCUGUUCUAGUUCUUGGUCUCCCUCCGCCAUUUCCAACACCUUCUUUUCUCCAUCAUUCACCCCAAGAGAAAGACCACACUCCCACUCCCACUCCCACUCCCGACGGACAAUCGUGGCCCGAGCCCAAGCUCAGCCGCGCCGGACUUGGCUCCCCGGCCUCGACCCCCCACCGCACCUCGACGGAAGUCUGGCCGGCGAUUUCGGAUUCGACCCACUUGGGCUCGCCGAGGACCCCGAAAGCUUGAAGUGGUACGUCCAAGCGGAGCUCCUCCAUUCUCGAUUCGCCAUGCUCGGAAUCUCCGGAAUUCUCCUCACAGACCUGCUUCGUGUUACAGGAGUCAGCAAAGUACCAGUUUGGUACACUGCGGGUGCGGCGGAAUACGGGUUCGCCAAUAAAGAAACCCUCUUCAUCGUUCAGCUGCUGUUGAUGGGGUCCCAAAUUCUGUUUGUAGAAACCAAAAGAUACAUGGAUUUCAAAAGCCCUGGAUCUCAAGCACAAGAAGGAACUUUCUUUGGGUUGGAAGCCGCUCUCGAAGGUCUCGAGCCCGGAUACCCUGGGGGUCCUCUGCUGAAUCCACUAGGCCUGGCUAAAGAUAUCAAGAAUGCCCAUGACUGGAAGCUCAAGGAGAUUAAGAAUGGACGGUUAGCGAUGGUAGCCAUGGUUGGGAUCUUCGUGCAGGCUUAUGUAACUCACGCAGGGCCAAUAGAUAACCUUGUGGAGCACCUUUCUAAUCCAUGGCACAAGACUAUUAUCCAGACACUCUCAAGCUCAAGUCCUUGAAGAAGAAGAAGAUAAGGAACUCAAGUCUUCUAAUAAUUUAUCAAAUUACGGCGAUAAAAUCACUGAUUCUUUUACACAGAAAAAAUACUUAUCAAGAAUAUGGUUCCCAAGAACUCACAUCAUAUGAAGGGCCAGAGCAAGUUUGUAUCAUAUUUUUGGUUUUCUUUACUACUAUUCUAUGAAAGGUGGAAGUAUGCAAGAAUAAUGACAAAAUCAAAUUUGAAGUGCA